CGAGUCUCAAAAUCGGAGCAGCCGAGUUGAUAUUGGACACCUGUGCGCUAGGGACCGCCUCCAAAACGAUGAGCCAAUCAGCAGACGAGCUGAGAGAUAUGGGAAGCGCACCAUUGGUCUUUAAACCAGUUUAUCACUCCUUUAUUCCAUUUGGACUAUUAUCACACCUGGAGUGGAUGCGUUUGCUCUCUGAUCAGGCUUUAUCCUUAAAGCACCACACAGACAAGAUGACUUCAAAACUGAACUUCCUCAUUCUCAUCAUGAUGGUGACGGGAAACUGCAUGUUUUGGAAAGCAUACGUCUCACAAAGUACCUGCGCUUGUAAGGAAUGUUCACCUUCAAAUGAUCUGUGGUUCAACAAGCGUUUCAACAAAUCUGUUCAACCUUUCUUGUCGGCAAACAUGAAUUUCUCAGAGGACGCUUUCAAAUGGUGGCAGCGCUUACAAAAUGAACAGGGCACCUUCGAUUUGUUUAAAAAAACAGUUCAUGAUCUGUUUGGGAUGUUCCCACCAAAACCAGAUGUGAAGCAAUAUCAUCCCGACCGCUGCAGGACUUGUGCUGUGGUCGGGAAUUCUGGGAAUUUGCAUCGAUCACGCUAUGGACCUCUCAUUGAUUUCUAUGAUGUCGUUAUAAGGAUGAACGGUGCUGUUACCCAAGGCUACGAAGCAGAUGUUGGGUCCAAAACAACUCAUCGCAUCAUGUACCCGGAGAGCAGCGUGAAUUUAGAUAACUCCACUCAUCUGAUGCUGGUUCCCUUCAAGAUAAAAGACAUCGUUUGGGUCAUGAAGGCCUUCAGCACCGGAUACUUUGGAAAAUCAUAUGCGCCAGUACUAUCAAAAAUCAAGGCUAACAAGAAUUUGGUAAUGGUCCUUAAUCCAGAUUUCAUGAUGUAUGUUCAUCAUAAUUGGCUGGAAAAGAAGGGCGGGUAUCCAUCCACUGGCUUCAUGGCUUUGAUUCUUGCGAUGCAUAUUUGUGACGAGGUCCAUGUGUUCGGAUAUGGAGCAGACAGUGAGGGAAACUGGAGUCAUUAUUUCGAAAAACUCCAAAACAAAAAGUUAAAAACUGGACUACAUCCUGGGAAUGUUGAAUAUGGAAUUAUCCAGGAACUAGCUAAGCAAAGGAAAGUCACGUUUUACAAAGGGUUUUGAGCUUCCUUACAGUACGAGCAAGUAUUCGGACCCUGAGAGGAAAAGAUCUGCAAAGCAAAAGAAGACCAAGAAGCUUUCAACCCGAGGGUCGUCUAUUCUCUGAUUGACACAUCAUUUUAUAUUUAAAACUGAGGGUGCUGAAUCAUCUAUGGAAAGGGAACUUAAAUGGUAUUGAAUGGGACUGAUCCUGUGGAGCAAAUCUCAUUUAGCAGCUUUAAUUUAAAUAUGUAUUUAUCUUAUCCAAUUCAUUGUUGGAUAGCAGUUGUUCUGAUCUCUUUCCACUGUUUUAUACCUUGUUGUGAUAAUGAAGAGAACUUUAACCACAUCAUUUAAUCGACAUCAGGCUAAAAAAAGGAGUUUAAGUUGAAACAAACCAACCACCUGAGCAAUAAAGCCUAUGUCAGGGGUGUCCAAACUAGGCCCGGGGGCCAACUGUGGCCCUUAGUCUGUUUUGAAUUCAGCAGAUUCUAAAAGUAUAAUUGAUAUAAUGGCCCACACCAGACACUUGUGCUUGUAUUAUUUUGUACUUCUGAAAUAUACAUGUAAACAAAUAUUGCACAGUAUAGUAUUCAUGUCUUAAUAAGCCCACUUUUCAAAUAAAUGCAGUCAAUUAAAGCUGAAAACAUCUUCUCACAGAACUUAGUUGAUAAAAAAGAAAAAGCCUAAUUUGCUUAACAAGCUUGAAAUGUACCCUUCAUAUUUCCCCUUAUCCCCCCCCCUUUAUACAUGGCUGUGAAGGGAGAGCACCAAAUUCUGUUUUAAGGAACGAGCUGCUAACACUGUCACAAAAUAAAUGAAUCCCUAUGCAGUGCUUUUUAUUUUCUUAAA